AUGCACUCCUCGGCACGGCGUCUGCUCGUGAGGGCCCAGUACCUCCCCUUGGCUCUGGCAGCUGUGUAUGCCCUUAUCCUGCUCGUGUUUACAGUACCGGCAGUUCAAGACGAAUUCGUCUUCCUUCAACGUCUGCGACUGCCUUUGGCCGCAAAGUAUGACAAUCCAGAGCACUAUGGGUUAGCUCCGUACAAGACGCGUAACCUGAGGAUCGAGACGCCAGACGGAGAGGUACUGGGGUUAUGGCACAUCCUCCCUCAGAGUGUGUACAUUGCUCAAGACCCAUUCCCUCCCAGCAUGCGUCCUCGCGACAGCUUCUUUGACAAGGCGUUUGGGAGCAGGCCGACCAUCCUGUACUUUCACGGCAACGCCGCAACUCGCGCUGCCUCCCACCGUGUGCGCACUUACAUUGAAAUGUCCUCUCGGCUCGACGUCAACGUCAUUGCCGUCGACUACCGUGGCUUUGGAGACUCGACGGGAACCCCGAGUCAGCAAGGGCUGGUAAUUGACGCGCGCACAGUCUGGGAUUGGGUGCAGGCACGAGUUGAGCGCGCCAGUAUCAAGCCCGCAGACCAACAGAUUAUGCUUGUUGGCCACAGUCUCGGUACCGGUGUCGCAUCUGCCCUUGCCGCCGAGCUGGCGGACGGUGGUCUACACCCGCGCGCCAUUGCACUAAUUGCACCGUUCACGUCGAUUCCUGACCUUCUUUCAUCGCUUUGGCUCUUUGGCAUCAUCCCUCUCCUCACUCCACUCAAAGCCAUUCCAGGCGCCAUAGACUACUUCAAGACCCACGUCGUGCAGCGUUUCAACUCGAGCGAAGCUCUGUCGCGGACAACAUCUCCCAUGCUCCUGUUGCACUCCUUCGACGACCCCAUUAUCCCUCAUUACCACUCCGUCAACCUCUUUCAACAGCUCAACUCCCCCAACGGAACGCAGCUCGAGUCGAGCAUCCGUGACUUUUCAUACCCUGGGUGGGGUAGAGUCACUUACGCUGAGGUUGCCGACCGUGAGGUGGUCUUCUGGGAGGGCGAGAGUGGAGGGCACAACAGCCUGGGUCACUCGGAGGGGACCAUGGACUUGAUGGCGUGGAUCGGUAAGCUCUAG